AUGGCCCUCAACAGAGAGUUUUCCUACGGGCCGAAAGAGCUGCACCUAUCAGAGUUUACGUUGGAAGCAAGAGCAGGCACCAGCGAAUCGGGCGGCACAGUAAUUAAGACUGACGACCACUCCCGGUGCAACAUUCGAGGGGGUUGGUGA